GUGAUAUUAGAUGUUACUUUAAAAUAAGGCUCCUUCGGGGUUUUAUAUUCAAAGACUAAAGUCAUGUCAUAUAUAUCAUAACCUAACAAAAUCAUCGAUAUUUAUAUUUUAAUAAUAGUGUGUGCUGUGUAGUGUGUAGGUAUUUACUACGUAUUUGUUUUUUUGGUUUGUUUAUUUACGUAAAUACCUAGUGGUUAUUGUUAAAAACUAAAAAGAGACUAAUAUUUUAAACUCCGAGAUUAGACAAAUUUGGACGUAAGAAGGUUGUACAUUGCCGUCUGUGGAACAUCGUCUGUAGACGUACCACGCUAUUAGCUCAAUAUGAUUGAGAAUUCUAGUAUUACAUCCGAAUCUGAUACAAAAGCUGUUAUGUCAAAUGAAGCUGCAGAGGAUGGAUUGUUAAAACUGCAAUUAGAAGAUUCCGAGAUACCAGAAAUUAGCAUCGAUGUAACAAAACUUGAUGUAAGCACUGAAGAUACAAUACUUGCCGAGGAAUCAAAAAAAUCUGACAAAUAUUUCGAUAUUAACGAGGCUGUAACUUCUAACAUUCAACCAAUAAACGACAUUAGUUCAAAAGUUAACCAUGAAACUAGUUUGAAUUCCAAAUCAAAAGGAAAUUUUGUGUGGGUAUCAAACUUGCGCCAUGGUAUUAAAGCAACUGCUAUUAAAAAGUUCUUUAGUCAAAUUGGCAGAGUAACUUCUGUAAAAAUAUUAACCAACGGCAAAAGCUUUUAUGCUUAUGUAUCUAUGGAGUCCCUAGAAAUGGCUGCUAAAUGUAUUUCAGAUCUAAAUGAAUCUUUACUUCAAGGCGACAAAAUAAUUGUUACUAAAAAGAGACCCGAUAUUGACUCAAAAACUGAUAAAAUUAAGAAAAAAAAUACUACCAAAAAGGUUGCUGAUAAAGAAAAUAAAACUGAACAGUAUGUUGUAAACAAUACAGUGUUAACUGAAAUUAAAAGUAAUAGUAAUAACAAUAGAAAAACCGAAAAUCAAAGUGAUAAAAAAGAUAAUGAUCAUUCGAAACAACAAAUGCAAACCAAAAUCGAUUCUCUGAAUCAAACCAACAAGAAGUUAAAACAGCGUCUGGAUGAAACUACACGACUUUAUGACGGAAUGUGUAAAAAAUACCAAACUUUGAAAGAAGAUUUCAACAAAGUAAAGUUACAAACCCGCCAAGAACAAAAACGUUUGAAUCAAGAAAGAGAAUCAUUCGAAAAAAUGAAAAAACUAGAAUUGUCAAAAAUUGAAGCUAAUAAAGAUGACAGAAAUAAAGAACUGAUAGAAAUUAGAAAGUUAAAAGAAAGUUUAAAGCAGAAGCUUAACAACAUUCGAUUCGAAGCCAAAAAUUCCUAUAAACGGAAAACAUCUCCAUUAAGAAGACCCAGUAAAAGUCCAAGACGUAGGAUUACUCCAACGCCUAGAAAUGGAUCUUUCCGUAACAGAGAUGACCAAAGGGCUGAUAAGAAGUUUCGACGUGGCGUUUCCAGAGACAGAACUCCUCCACCUCCAAACCUUAAUAACGAUACAGGAAAAAAAAGAAUUGAGGUCAGUAACAGUCAUUUAACUCGUCCUACCUACUACAGCCAAUCUGUCAAGCAGCAAGGACCUGGAUCCUUUGAAUACCGCCAAAAUCGAUCAUAUCCGGUUUAUCCCAUUCAGAGAACAGGUGGUAAUUGGUUGGGUUAUCAGAGAAAUGUAAGGCGUACCAAUUCCAGCCAUAGUCAUGUAAGCAAUCCUGAUGGUAGAUUUAAUGGACCAGUUGUUCAACAUCCUGUAUCAGCUAUUGUUGUCCCUCCACGAGCGCCACAUGGGUCUUACUAUUAUCCACAAUGGUAAAUAGUUUUUUUCCGAUUUCAAUGUUAAUUCUAUUCGGUUUUUUAUUGUUUAAUUGUUCGUACUGUUUAAAUUUUGAUUGGAUACUUUUAAAAUAUUUUUCGAUUAAAGAUCCCGAUAAAUAUUG